AUGCAUGUCGUAUGUGCAGCAACUGCUCGUUCACUGGUAAUGCAUGCAUCGUCGCAGCGUAUGGCAGUGGUAUUUCGGAUGAUCACCUCAUCUCCGUUAUUUAACCCAAUAACAAAUUACGGUACACGCUUCCAGAUGCCCUUCUCUGUUACCGUAGCACAUUAA